AGUUUCCAAAAACUUCAGUUGAGGGUUUUAAAUUUAUAACAUAAAUUAAAUGAACGUACUGUGAGAUAGACGCAUGAAGCAGAGAGACGUGGUAUUCGGGAAGCGAAAAGUUGGAAGCUUUAGCGUUUGAGUUUCAAGAGCAGCCUCCUGUCCCUGUCUGGGUUCAAAGUUGAAAGCUUUUAGGGUGAGUUUGUUUUCUUUCCGAGUAGCUUAAUUUGUUUCUUUUCCAAAAUGUUUAAUCUUUCCAGGAAAACCAGUAGCCUUUUUCAUAGGCUUUCAUACAUUGUUAUGAACAAUUCCUCCUCAAACUCACACUUAUUUCUUAGGGUUAGAUGCAUCUCAAACACUUGUUCAGACCCAUCUCAAUCUUUUGCCUUCUCUUACCUCAUAGACAAAUUUGGGUUCUCCCAAAAAUCUGCCUUGGCAGCUUCCAAGUAUCUCCUUUUUAAAACCCCAGAUAAACCUGAUUCUGUCAUCGCAUUUUUGGAGAAACAUGGGUUUUCAAAAACCCAAAUCCAACAAAUCGUCAAGCUUCGGCCGCCUGUGCUGUAUUGUAAUGUUGAGAAUAACAUUUUGCCCAAACUGGAGUUUUUCCGAUCUAGAGGUGUUUCAAGCCCUGACCUUAUCAAACUCUUAUCUUGCAACCCCAGAAUUUUUUGUCGUAGCUUAGAGAAUCAGAUUAUGCCUUGUUUCAAUUAUCUUAGCAAUCUGCUCCAAUCUGAUGAAAAGGCUGUUAAAUCUCUGAAACGCUAUCCAUAUCUUGUCUCAUGUAAUUUUGAUGCGUAUAUAUUACCUAAUAUCAAUACUCUGCUGGACAAUGGAGUGCCUGAAUCAAAUAUCAGAGCAAUGUUUCUUCAACACCCUAGAUCAUUUGUCAUGAUCCCUGAUCGGUUUAAGGAGAUUGUGAAGGAAGUGAAGGAAAUGGGGUUUGAUCCUAUGCUAACAAAAUUUCUUGGUGCUGUCAUUAUGUUCAGAAAAAUGAGCAAAUCUACCUUAGAGAGAAAGUUGGAUGUCUGCAAGAAGUGGGGUUGGUCUGAGCAAGAAAGUUGGGAUGCUUUUUGCAAGAAUCCAUACUGUAUGGAAGCAUCACAGGAGAAGAUUACGGCAAUAAUGGAUUUUCUUGUGAACAAAAUGGGUUUUCAGUCUUUGCUCAUUGCUGAUCAACCAUAUGUUCUAGGUCGGAGCUUGAAGAAGCGAAUUGUUCCGAGGGGUUUGUUUGCUCAAGAUUUGUUAUCAAAAGGUUUAAUUAAGAAGUUUACCUUGUCUGGAUUGUUUGACACUUCAGAAAAGGUAUUCAUUCAGAGGUUUAUUAACCGAUAUGAAGACAUAGCACCACAGCUGCUAAAGCUGUACAAAGAAAAAUUGGAUCUUGCAAUAGGAGGCAAAUAUUGAAAAGGGUAUUUGUAGAAU